UCUCGGUAACCGCCAAUUACUUCCACCUUUAUAAAUAGCCUCCUCCCUUUCUGGAAUUAACAGCCACACCCUUCGCACAUUUCUCUUUCGCCCCCUCGCAUCAGAGGGAUUAGCAAAUCAGCCCCCACCGCUCUCCCCCCGCUAAGCUUUUUCCCGCGCGCCACCAUGGCGUCCACGUCCGGCCCAGCAAAAGACCAGGAGGGGCCGGUCCAUGGGCCUCAGGAGUCCACUUCCAGCGCCGCCGCCGCCGCCGCCGCCGAUGCUUCGAUCCCCGCGCCACCCGAGGGCGCCGGCGAUGUCUCUCCGCCGUCACCGCCGCCGCCGCCCCCUCCCUCGUCCGUCCAGAGCCGCGCCCAUGAACGGGCACGUGAGCAGCCCGGAGAUGGAGGCCGCGGCGCCGAUAGAUCGAGCUCCGCCGCUGCGGCGGUCGACCGGAAGGGGAAGAAGAAGAUCGGCGAAGAUUCUUCUUCUCCGGCACCACCUGAUGAUCGGGAACAGGCGCCAAGGAAAGAGGGGAGGAAGAAGUCCGAUUCCCCGAUGAAGUUUCUCAGGAGUAGCAUUCUUGCGAUUCAUGGCUACGCCAAGAAAAAGCUUUCAGAUAGAAAAGGAAAACAACCAAACUACCCCAACCAAACUUCUAAGGAAAUAAUUUCGAAAUCGCCGCCUCAUGUGGGUCACAAGAAAGUUCCUAUUGACAAAGCCUUCAUUCAUUAUUUCGGGAACAUACAUAAUGCUCUCCAGCAUGGAUAUGUUCCUUUGCAUUUGGCGCAUCUUGACACUCGUUAUUCAGAAUUAAGACCUGUACGUAGAGAUGGGGAGGGUUUCUAUAGGAGCUUCAUGUUUUCCUACCUGGAGCAAGUUGCUGAUAGGGUAGACACACGUGAGGAAGAUCGCCUUCUUGAUGCUGUUAGAAAAUUGGCUACCCGGGCUGAACAUCUUCAAUGGGCCUCUGAAUUUUCCCGGAGAUGCGAAGAGAUGCACCAUUGUUUCACAAUAGUGGCACGACAUCGUAGUCAACACCUUGUUGAUAUUAGUUAUAAUUAUAAGUUUUUGAAAUAUAGUUACCUGAUGGUAACAAAUAUUCAACCUUUCAAGUUUGCAGUUGGACAAUACUAUAAUGAAGACAAACAUAACUAUCUGUUUCUUACAUUGAAGACUGAACUGUUGCACACAUACUCCUUCAUGGUGUGUGCACCUGAUCCUAAGUCAGAAAUGCCUUCCUCACUUGUUGUUUUAACUAUGGAAGCUUCUCAGACGUGUUAUGCUAGUCAUGUUUGUUCAUAUCCGAUUAUUGAUGAUCAGCAUUCUGCAUUUGAGACGCUGAUAGAGAAAAUAAAGAAAUUGAAGUGCAUGUCGGAGCAGCCAACAUCCGCAAUCAGGGGAGAACUUCUCCUCGAGCUCUUCAGCAGUUAUGAUACAACAGAUGACAUUUUUGCUUUCCUCAGGUUAGCAGCAGCUAUCUGGAUAUGCACGCACAAAGGGUUGUAUGGACAGCGUGUAACGGGGCUUGGAGAAGGUGUCAGUCUGGAAGAUUGGUGCUCGACGCAGGUUAUUCCUCCCCGUGUGCACGCGGACCACGUUACGAUGAGCGCCCUGUCGCGCGCACUCGGGGUGGCCGUCCGAGUGGAGGACACGCUUGAUGGACGCAAGAAAGAUCUCAUGGCUGCCGAACUCCAGUCGAUCACCCGAGCGUCGAACCCGCGGUUUAGGGGGAUCGAAGAUAUGUACUGCGUUGCCCGUGGAACUCCCCGAGUGACCCUGGUUCGCAUGUACUCUCACUAAGACAUCCUCUACCCAGUGCCUCCUGGUGCUACUACUAGCAUUGGUCCGAAUCUGCUACAGCCUGAGCGACAACAACAAGGAGGAGGAGGAAGGAGCCAGCAUCCUCCUCCUCCUGCAGUUCAGACUUCAAGUAGAAGGGCUGGCCAGGGAGAUGCAGAUCGUGCCGAGAGUUCAAGUCAAGGGGCAGCGAGUGCGAGCUGGUUCCACCGCUGCAGACGUGGUGGUUCCAAGGAGAAGCAGUCUUGAGCUGAUGGAGCUUGUUGUAGUAAUAGCAGCUGCUGCAGCUAGGUUUGAUGUGAAGAAUAUGUAGGUCAUCAUAAUCUGUUGUCUUGUGAGGAGAGGGAACAUUUACAUUGAUCCAUCCUGAGCUCCUUAUUCUUUGUCAUGGCUUGAUAUGUAGAUAAAAGUGAUCAAAUGAGUCCCUGUUUACUGAGUUUUCA